AUGGCUGCGCUCACUUCUUGCACCCAGAAGGAGGAGCCUGAGGAGCCUGACGACCCCGACCCGGAAAGGCUUGAUGAGGAUCCGGAACCGUAUCCUGCUCCAGGACCGUCAGGUGAGAUUGAUCUCACUGAUGAGCAGCUUGACCAACAGGGUAACCUCAAGCAGGCAGCGGCAGAUGCGCUAGAGGACGGCAACUUGAAUGGUGCGCUGGAGAAGCUGACGGAGGCCUUCAAAAUCGGGAAUGUUUCAGCUAUGAUGUAUGCCAAAAGAGCUGAGUUACUUUUGAAGCUCAAGAGACCAUGCGCGUGUAUAGCGGACUGCAAUGCUGCGCUCAAGAUCAAUCCGGACAGUGGCAAAGCUUACCGCGUGAGGGGGAAGGCGCACAGGCUCCUCGGCCACUGGGAAGAGGCACAUCAAGAUCUUGCGGAAAGCCAAAAGCUUGACUUCGACGAUGACACCGUGGAGUUGCAAAAGCUUGUGGACGCCAAGUACAAGAAGAUUGCAGAACGCAAGAACAAAGAGAGGCUCCGAGCUGAGAAGCAGAAGGAGAAGGAAAAGAGGCGAAGAAAAGAAGAGGCGCAGAGAGCUUACGAAGAGGCAAAGAAGCAGUCAACCCCUGGACCAGGCUACGGAGGAUUCCCUGGAGGUUUUCCAGGGGGCUUUCCAGGCAUGCCGGGAGGCAUGCCAGGAGGCAUGCCCGGUGGAAUGCCAGGUGGCAUGCCAGGUGGCAUGCCAGGUAUCGAUCCCAGCAUGCUGAGUGGCAUCAUGAGUGACCCCGAGCUCAUGCAGGCGUUCUCAGAUCCAAAGAUGGCAGCAGCAAUGCAGGACAUCAUGAGCAAUCCUGCAAAUAUUGGGAAGUACCAGAGCGAUCCUGACGUCAUGAAUGUCAUCAACAAGGUGAUGGGAGCAUUUUCCAAGUUUGGUGGUGGGGGAAUGCCUGGAGGAAUGCCUGCGGGCUUCGGAGCUCCGGGAGGUUCUGCGAAUUCGGCAAGUACGUCCACCGGGCCAACAGUGGAAGAG